AUGAACAAUACAAGUAUUUGCACUAUCGUUUUCGCUCUUCUGGCCAUUGUGAUUAUAACAGUUCAAAAUUAUCAAUUUCAAGAUCUAGAAAUUUACGAAGUAAAAACACGUUUACCGAUCAAAUUUGAGUUAGUUGAUCAAUUGAAAUUUCGAAAAACUUUGUACUAUUUGGGCCGAUCGAAUGGAUGUACAUGCCAAGAUUUAACUUGUGGAUGUUGUGCAGGAGUUAAUAUUACACAAUUUAAUUUUGAUCGUGAAGGGUGUAUGAACUUUACCUACAGUCCAUGUAAAUUUGACGUAACAAUGAACAUGUUGUGGAACGAAGAAUCAGUUUAUACGAAUAAGUUUUCUGCUCAAAAUCCACCACCGCUAUGUAUGCCAAUACCAAUUCCAUACGUUCCACAAGCUCAAGUGGAUUUUUGUGUGAAAAUGUUUAACAUCCACAUGCCAGGCCAGAAUUUAAAUAUGUGUAUGGACAUGGAGAUGCGGGUACAAAAACAGCGAUUAGUUGUAUUACAUUUUAAUUGUAUGCGUUUUGGACAAGAUGGCAUUGCUUUAACACGACCAGAUUCUGAAUGUCCUUUAUCCAGUUCGGAAUCUAAUGAAGAGGACAGUACUUCACAACCAGCGGCUGAUAUUUUUGAUCCUGUUACAGAAACAAGACUUUAA